AUGACCAAUAUACUGAUCGUUCGCUUGAUUUUAAAUUGUAAAUUGUCUUUCGUCUUUUCGAUACUAGACAAAAACAGGGAUAAUCUUUCACCAUCUACUUAUACACGUAGGUUAAAUUUCACAAUUAUAUCAGGGACCGGGACUUCAGUAGUCAUGGCGGACAGGCGGAUUUGGAUUGUCGCUUUAGCAUUGGUACUAUGCUUGUGUUUGUGUGACAGCAAGAAAGACAUACCUUGUCCCAAACCAUUUUGUCGUUGUAAAUUACGAGAAAAAAUGGCCAAGUGUGUGGGGAAAUCUCAAGUAAUACCGAAGCUACCGCGCUAUGUUGAAAAGGUGUAUUUCAUGAAGACAAAUUUCACCACGGUAACGGAUUAUUUGUUGUCGAAUCUAUCACAAAACAGAAUAUCAGAAUUACACUUUAUUGAUACCAACACCGUCAACGUUCAACCAGAUGCAUUCACUGUUCUGCCAAAUUUAACAGUUUUGUCGUUCAGGUCAAAUAAAAGGCUUAUGCCCGAAGUUGUGUCUGCUUUCUUGAACGUAACGCCGACACUCCUAGAAAUAAGACUGGAUUCGAACGGCUGGGAUUGGAUACCAGUGGAUAUGUUUUCUGGACUUACUGGUUCGCUUAUUCAGAAGAUUUCACUGCAACAAAAUGGGAUCAAGUCUAUAUCUGCGUCAUAUUUCUCGAACGUUUAUCAUCUAGAAGACCUUGAUUUAGCUGAAAACGACUUGACGGAAUUCAACACUACGGGAUUCGAAACUACAAGUAUUCUCGAAUUCAACAUAGCGUACAAUCAUCUGCUUAAAAUUCCGUCUUUUUGUGGACCUACUGGAACUCCAACGGGUCGAUACAAAUCCCUAAACUUCGCAUCAAAUCCCGUCUAUUCCUUAGAUCAAUCAUCAUUUUCGUGUCUUCCGUACGUACGUAGCCUUGUACUUAACGAGAUAUAUGUUAGAGAACUGAAAAACAACACCUUUGCCAAUCUUCCUUCUCUUCGUAGUAUCAGAAUGAAUUCGAACAGUAUUACUAUUAAAAGAAUUGACACUUUGGCUUUUAACUCUUCCAGUCUUCGAACAAUUACUUUUGUUUCAAAUAAUUUCAGAUUUGACAGGCUAAAGGGUUCUAAUUUAGGAUUGUUCUCCUUUUGUCCGAAACUCGUUUCGCUUGAGUUAACAGAUAAUCACCUACCUUCAAAUUCUAAAGCUCUAAGGUACAUGUUUUCUCCGUUGAAGGAAUUACAAAUUCUCAUAUUGCAAAGCACUUAUCUCAAGGCGAUUCCUGGUGAUGUUUUUCAGCACAUUCCAAAGUUGAAAAAGUUGGUUCUCAUAGGUAAUUACAUAAACGGUUGGGGUGACGACCCAAGCGUGUUCGGUAAUGUUACGUCACUACGAAGCUUGUACUUAGAUGGAAAUAACAUCAAGCUUAUAAAUCAAUCGUCUUUCCCGAAAGGUUUUCUGGGCUCGCUGGAAAAGAUCUGUAUUACAAAUAACCCAUUCUCGUGCACAUGUGAUCUUAUGUGGUUUCUUGAUUGGAUGAAAUCUACUAAACACACCACCAUUGUCAAUUAUCCAGAACGUUACGUUUGCAGGUCGCCUCCGGAACUGAACAAUGUGUUGUUGAAGGAUUACAAUCCAACCAAGGAAAUGUGUACCGAUGUGGGCAGACUUCUGCAAAAUGUAUGCAUAGGAAUUUCGGUAACAUUUGUAUUCAUAGUGCUGAUGGUGUCUGUAUGUUUCAGAUACAGGUUCCAUCUUCGAUACUGGUUACAUGUCACUGGAGUGUACAAACUAGGAUAUCAAAGACUCUCCAAGGACACUGAUUACCGAUAUGAUGCAUACGUUAUAUACAGUGAUCAUGACCAAUCUUUCGUUUCGCGGAAACUUAUUCCAGAACUAGAGAACAAGUCCCAGUGUAGGUUAUGCAUUCAUGCCAGAGAUUUCGAACCUGGUGCGUUGAUCUUUGAAAACAUUACCAAGCAUUUUGAACUGAGCAAGAAUGUCAUUGUCAUACUAUCACAGUCGUUGCUGAACAACGAACUUUGUGAUUAUCAGCUAGCUUUGACACAGACGAAAGCUGUUCGAGAAGGUCCCGGGGUCCUGAGUGUUGUACUGAUAGAGGAUAUCGAUAGAAUCAAUCUUUCCGCGCCUAUGCGAACACUGAUCAGCAUGGUCAAUUACUGUACGUGGCCUUCCGAUAGAACAAGCCAAAGAAGGUUCUGGGGGCAACUGCUGACUGAGCUAAACAAACACAUAGAUCCUGAAUAGAGAUCUUCCCAUACAGAAAAUGAAAACAUCUUCAUAUACAGUACUUUUAACUUACUCUCACAUAAGUAUAAUUGAAAUAGUUGAAAUGUUUUCUAUGAGGGAAAUUGAUAUCGAUUAUAUUUUAUUAUCAACAAAGAUGAUUAAGAAAUACAGAUAGCUGAAAUCUGUAGCCAAGGGAUUUUACUUACAGCUGAAGAUAUUCUAGAUUAUUCUGAAUUAAUGAAUACUUAUAUAAUAUCAACUUCAUAUCGGACAAAGAAAUAUCAUAUUACUUAACUAGCUCACUGACUUGGCUGUCGAAAUUCGUGCCUCGCAAACGCGUGUGUUGGUAUAUUUAUAACUGGCAUGCAAUUAUCUCUAAUUACAUAGAAGACAUCCGUCAUCGUCACUAAUUAUGAUCCUGAUGGAAGCUACAGUGAAUUUUCCCGGAACAUUGGCAGUGGAGAAAACGUGGUGAUUAUAUAGCUAAUCGUAUGAAUGGUAUUUAUCUUCUUUUUUUUUUUUGCAAAUAUGUC